AUGGAAGAAAAGAAAAGGAAAAAGCAGGAAGAAAAGAAAAAGAAGGAAGGCGCUCAGAAAAAGGCUGCUGAUCAAAAAACCAAAGUGCCAGAACCUACCAAGACCUGUUCCAGCCAGCCCCAGCCUGCCGGUACCGGGACCAGUACUUCCACCAGCACUCUCUCCAGCAGCAGCAAUGGCAAGCGCGCACCUGCCGGCGGCCAGCAGCCAGCUGUGUCCCGCUACCUGCCUCGCGAGGUGCCUCCACGCUUCCGCCAGCAAGAACAGAAGCAGCUACUGAAGAGAGGCCAGCCAUUGCCCCCGGGGGCUCUGACCAGUGUGAGCCCCACGCAGGGCGCCGGGCCCGCAGGGGUGAGCCCCCCUCCCCUCCCUGGAGCCGGAGCGCAGCAGCCGUCGCAGCCCAGCAAGCUCCAGCCAGAUCCCAGUCACGGCGGAUUGGCGGAUCAUUAUGAGAGUUCCCCCUGGGCACAGCCGCCCGCGUUCCGGAGUGAAGCCGGCUGCAGCUGGGAUAACGUGGUCAUAGACAGGGCCGACCAGGAGGCCUGGCCCGCCAUCGCCGGGGCGGAGCCGGAGGCGGCCUCAGCAUGCACUGCGGACACUGACUGCGCCCCCCACGGCGGCGCGGAGAGCAGCAGCAUGGCGACGGCCAGCGUCCCGGGCGGCUUCACCGGGCACGCCAAGAAGACCAAUGGCAGUAACGGCACCAACGGCGCGCUGGUCCAGAGCCCUCCGAACGCCAGUGCCCUGGGCGCAGGGGGCGCCAACGGCAGCGGCAGCGCGGCCCGAGCGUGGGGCGUGGGCGCCGGGGAGGGGAAAAUGGACAGCCUGCUUGCCGAGGGAAGAAGUCAGAACUGCUGGGGCGCUUCUGGCCCCAACGCUGGCAUGAACCUCAACCUCAACCCCAACGCCAACCCAGCCGCCUGGCCUGUGCUCGGACAUGAAGGAACAGUGGCCACAGGCACCCCUUCCAGUAUUUGCAGUCCGGUCAGUGCCAUAGGUCACAGCGUGGGCAGCCAGAACGGGACCCCUCUGGGCGCCUGGGGGAGCUUGCUGCCGCCCGAGAGCUCAGAGCCGCCAGCGCCCGCCUCUCAGAACGUGUCUUUCAGCGCACAACCUCAGAACCUUAACCCUGACGGACCAAGCAACACUACCGCCGCGAGCUCCUCGCUGAACCCCGCCAAUGCAAUGCAGACCAACGGGCUGCCCAACUGGGGCCUGGCCGUCGGCAUGGGGGCCGUCCUCCCGCCCCACCUGCAAGGCCUUCCUGGUGCUAACGGGUCGUCAGUCUCUCAAGUCGGCGGCGGGGGCGGUGACGGGAUCGGCAGUUCCGUGUGGGGACUGUCCCCCGGCAGCCCCGCCGCCGGAAGCAGCACUUCUGGGUUCGGCCAGGGGAGUGGAGACACUGUGAGCUCAGCAUUAAGUGCUAAACAAAACGGAUCCAGCAGUGCCGCGCAGAAGGAAGGGAACGGGGGCACCGCCUGGGACUCGGGGCCUCCCGCCGGCCCCGGGAUCCUCGCCUGGGGGAGGGGCCGUGGCAAUAACGGCGUCGGGGGUAUCCAUUCGGGAGCGUGGGGCCACCCCAGCCGCGGCACCGCCAACGGUGUGAAUGGGGAGUGGGGGAAGCCCCCAAGCCAGCAUUCCAGUGGUGACGCCGGCGGGAAAGGAUCGACAGGGUGGGACAGCCCCGGGGCCGGCAGCCAGAACCCGGCCCUGCAGCCCGGCGGGGAGCACGGGAGCGCGUGGGCCCAGGCCGCCGCCUCGGGAGCCCCGGCCGGCGACGGCAGCAGCGAGGGCUCCGGCGGCCCCGGUGAAGGAGGCGCCGGGAGGGAAGGGGCCGAAGGCCGGCGGCGAGACAAAGGGGUCCUGGACCAAGGGCACGUCCCGCUGCCGAGGAGCGGGCUGGACCCCAGGGUCCUGUCCAACACCGGCUGGGGACAGACGCCCGUGAAGCAAAACACUGCCUGGGAGUUCGAAGAGUCCCCGCGGUCCGAGCGGAAGGACGACAACGGGACGGAGGCCUGGGGCUGUGCGGCGCCGCAGCCCCCACACUCAGGGGGGAAGAGCGAUGGGUCCAUCAUGAACAGUACAAAUACCUCUUCAGUGUCGGGCUGGGUCAGCUCGCCGCCUGCUGCCGGGCCGGCAAACACGGGCUGGGGGGACGGCGGCGCCAGAGCGCCACACGGCCCCGGGGUCUGGGGGGACUCCAUCAGCUCUGCUGCUGUUCCUAACGCUGCUGCUGCCAAGGGCGGCCACACCUGGAGUGGGACCGCGAGGCAGGAGGACAAGUCACCCAGCUGGGGUGAGCCUCUCAAGCCCAAGUCUCAGAACUGGGGGGACGGACAGAAGCCCACGCCGGCCUGGAGUGCCGGAGGCGGGGACUGGGCCGACCCCGCCCCCGUCCUCGGGCACCCGGGGGACGGGAAGAAGACGGGCUCCGGGUGGGACGCGGACGGCGGCCGGUCCGGCUCGGGCUGGAGUGACGCGCCGCGGCCCGGGCCCGGUGGCUGGGGCAACGGCACGAGCGCAAAGGCGAACCCAGGGGCGAACUGGGGAGAGUCUUUGAAACCCGGCCCCCAGCAGAACUGGGGAGGCAAGCCCCCGGACAGCAGCAUGAGCACCUGGGGCGGAGCCGCUUCCGUGAAACAGACGGGGACAGGGUGGAUCGGGGGGCCGGUCCCUGUCAGACAGAAGGACAGCAGCGAGGCCACGGGCUGGGAGGAGCCUUCUCCCCCGUCCAUUCGACGCAAAAUGGAAAUCGAUGAUGGUACCUCAGCUUGGGGCGACCCGAGCAGCUACAACAACAAAGCUGUCAACAUGUGGGACAGGAACAACCCGGGCCUCCAGGGCAGCGCCAGCGCCGCCAGCGGCUCCAGCAUGGGUGACCUGCCGGCGCCGCACCCCGCCAGCGCCCCGCUGACCCGCUCGCCGCUGCUCGGUCCAGUAUCCUCGGGCUGGGGAGAAAUGCCCAACAUCCACUCCAAGGCGGAGAACUCCUGGGGAGAGCCGGCCUCGCCGUCCACCCUGGUGGACAACGGCACCGCGGCCUGGGGCAAGCCUCCCAGCAGCGGCAGCGGCUGGGGAGACCAGCCCCCCGAGCCGGCCGUGGCGUUCGGGAGAGCCGGCGUGCCUGCCACCGCCCCAGCCCUGUGCAAACCAGCUUCAAAAUCUAUGCAAGAAGGCUGGGGCAGCAGUGGGGACGACGUGAGCCUGGGCCCCAGCCAGUGGGAGGACGACGGGGGCGUGUGGAACGGCGCUGCCGCCCAGGACUCCUCCUCCUGCAGCUCCUGGGGGAACGCCCCCAAGAAGGGGCUCCAGAAGGGCACGAAAGCAUCCGGCAAGCAGGACGAGGCCUGGAUCCUGACCCGGCUCAUCAAGCAACUCACCGACAUGGGCUUCCCGAGAGAGCCAGCUGAAGAGGCCUUGAAGAGUAACAACAUGAACCUCGACCAGGCCAUGAGUGCUCUGCUGGAAAAGAAGGUGGACGUGGACAAGCGUGGACUGGGGGUGACCGACUACAAUGGGAUGGUCACCAAGCCCCUUGGCUGCCGCCCACCGAUCUCCAAAGAGUCUUCCGUGGACCGCCCCGCCUUUCUCGACAAGGACGGCGGCCUCGUGGAAGAGCCCACGACUUCACCAUUUUUGCCUUCGCCAAGCCUGAAGCCCCCCCUCUCAAACAGUGCACUCCCCAAUCAGGCCCUGGGUGGCAUCGCCUCAGGGCUGGGCAUGCAAAACUUGAAUUCUUCUCGACAGAUACCGAGCGGCAAUCUGGGCGUGUUCGGCAGCAGCGGAGCAGCACAAGCCAGGACCCUGCAGCCGCCGCCACCGCCGCCCGGGCCGCCGCUGAACCCCUCCCAGCCCAGUCUCCGUGCGCAAGUGCCUCAGUUUCUAUCCCCUCAGGUUCAAGCACAGCUUUUGCAGUUUGCAGCAAAAAACAUUGGUCUCAACCCUGCACUAUUAACCUCGCCAAUUAACCCUCAGCAUAUGACGAUGUUGAACCAGCUCUAUCAGCUGCAGUUGGCGUGCCAGCGCCUACAGAUCCAGCAGCAGCUGCUGCAGGCCCAGCGGGGCGCAUCCGGACCCAUGAGGCAGCAGGAGCAGCAGGCCGCGCGGACAGUCGCCAGCCUGCAGCAGCAGAUCCAGCAGCAGCAGCGCCAGCUGGCCCAGGCCCUGCUCGCCAAGCCGCCGCCGCCGCCGCGCCCGCCGCCGCACCCCCCGGCCCCCGGCCUGCCCGACCUGCAGACCAAAGAGCAGCAGUCUUCGCCCAGCGCCUUCGCUCCUUACCCUCUCGCUGGACUGAACCCCCCCAUGAACGUCAGCAGCAUGGACAUGACGGGCGGUCUGGCGGUGAAGGACCCGUCUCAGUCCCAGUCGCGCCUCCCUCAGUGGACACACCCCAACCCGAUGGAGAACGUUCCCGGUGCUGCUUCUCCUCUCGACCAGAACCCUGGCAAGCACGGUGCUAUCCCUGGAGGUCUGAGCAUCGGGCCUCCAGCCAAGUCCUCCAUGGACGACUCCUUCGGCCGGUACGAUCUGAUCCAGAACAGCGAGUCACCAGCCAGUCCCCCAGUAGCUGUCCCCCAUAGCUGGUCACGUGCCAAAUCCGACAGCGAUAAAAUCUCCAACGGCUCCAGCAUCAACUGGCCCCCCGAGUUUCACCCUGGAGUUCCGUGGAAAGGACUUCAGAACAUAGACCCCGAGAAUGAUCCUGACGUCACGCCUGGAAGCGUCCCCACCGGGCCGACCAUCAACACCACCAUCCAGGACGUCAACCGCUACCUCCUCAAGAGCGGCGGUAAACUGUCCGACAUGAAGUCGACGUGGCCCUCGGGCCCCGCCUCCCACGCGCAGGCCUCUCUGUCCCACGAGCUGUGGAAGGCGCCCAGGAACACGGCUGCACCCACCAGGCCGCCCCCGGGGCUGACCAAUCCCAAGCCUUCCUCCACCUGGGGAGCCAGCCCCCUCGGCUGGACCAGCUCCUACUCCUCGGGCUCUGCUUGGAGCACCGACACCUCAGGAAGGACCAGCAGCUGGCUCGUUCUUCGCAACCUCACGCCCCAGAUCGAUGGCUCCACCCUCCGGACGCUGUGCCUGCAGCAUGGGCCGCUCAUCACAUUCCACCUGAACCUGACCCAAGGCAACGCCGUGGUCCGGUACAGCUCCAAGGAGGAGGCCGCCAAGGCCCAGAAGUCCCUGCACAUGUGUGUGCUGGGAAACACUACCAUCCUGGCCGAGUUUGCCGGCGAAGAGGAAGUGAACCGCUUCCUGGCGCAAGGCCAGGCGCUGCCGCCCACCUCCAGCUGGCAGUCCAGCAGCGGGACCAGCCAGGCGCGGCUCGGGGCCUCGGGCAGCGCCCACGGCCUGGUGCGCAGCGACGCCGGCCACUGGAACGCCCCGUGCCUGGCCAGCAAGGGCAGCAGUGACCUGCUGUGGGGCGGGGUUCCCCAGUACUCGAGCAGCCUGUGGGGCCCGCCCAGCGGCGACGACGGCAGGGUGAUCGGGAGCCCCACCCCGCUGAACACGCUGCUCCCCGGCGACCUCCUGAGCGGCGAGUCCAUGUAG